AUGGUGGAUGCUAUUGAUAUAUCAAGUCUACCAUCUGACGUACGUGAACGCCUCGCCCAGCUUGAUUUAGAGUUAUCAGAAGGUGACAUCACGCAAAAAGGAUAUGAUAAGAAAAAACAGUUGUUAUUAGGACCCUACUUACGAAUUAAAAAAGAUGGUAAUAAAGUUGCUUCAAGUCCAAGUACAAAAGCACAAAGGAAACACCAGCGACGUCUUACGCGUGAUGAAUCACGUUUUCAUUCUGAAAUACAUGCUGAAGCAGUGCAACAGGCAUUAGCAGAAUAUUCGGAAGGGAAAAAAGAAAAGCCGAAUAUUUUACCACCCUUAAAACGACGUGGUACUGAGAUAAAACGAGAAAGGCAUCGAGCAUCUGAUAGCAGUUCCGAAGAUGAUAGCAUGUUUGGUAGUACUGAUCGUAGCAAAGGUACAUCAUCAACGUUAUCAUUAAAUGAACAACGAAAGAAAAAUUUAGCUAAUGGCUCACAAAAGCCAGAUGCUUCAUCUCCACCUCCUGAUAUUACAGCAACUGCUUUGGCAAACGAUGCUGUAAUACGAAAGGUAUUUCAGGAUCGGAGAAAACAAGAUAGGAAUAUUAUAAGUGAAAAUGAGCGGAAUGCUAUGAAGAAAGUGGCAGAUGCUGAUGAAACCGUAUUGAAGACUGAUAUCAUUUAUGCAAAUGACGUUGCAGGAAAUGAUAUAGCUAUAACAAAUAUAACUAACCAAGAUUAUCAAAACGCAGUUGUGCUUUCCUCGUUGUCAGCACUGAAACCGGUCAGAGUUUCGUUGAAAAUUCAACAAUUAGUGCAUUCAUUGCAAGUAAGUUAG